GGAGUAAUGGGAUAUAGAUUUGGGUUUUGCAGAGCAGUCGACACACCUUUUUCCAGCGGGAAACUGGGUCGUUUAGUAUAGUAGCGAAUUUUGUAUAUUAUUUUUUAAAUCAAGGGAAACCACUAUGAUUUUAUUUUAGAGUAAACCGAAGGUUGUGAUUUCACAAUACAUCAAAAGCAACUUGGCUGGUAGGGAAGACUGCAUGAUUUUUUUUCAUAGUCUGACAGCUAGACAAUUCUGAAAAUGUUGGCACUGCAAAGAGAUAAACGUGCAACAGCUGGGAACAAGAUGUCCAAGCUGUUGGAGGCAGAGGAUGAAGAUGAUUUUUACAAGACUACAUAUGGUGGAUUUGAAGAGGAAGAAGAAGACAAAGAUUACAAUUCUUCACAGUCUGAUUCUGAUGAUAUUGUAGAUUCAGAUUUUAGUAUUGAUGAAAACGAUGAGAUGAAGAGUGAUGAUGAUGAGGAAGGAAAGCCCAAGAAGAAAAAGAAAGGAGUCAAUACCAAAGCAUAUAAGGACAAAGAAACUAAACCACCUGUAAAGAAACCAAAGAAAGAAAAACCUAAAGAAAUACCUUCAGCAAUUCAGAUUUAUGUAUCACCAGAAAGAAAAUCAGUGAGAAGAUCCACAGCAUUGAAGUCAGAAGCCGCAACAUCAAGACAGAAACUUGACAUUGAGAAAGACAAAAUGAUGAAGGAUAUGGCAGCCAAAAAGAAUGUUUCAGGUGUCCGUAGAAUGACACAAGAAGAAUUGUUAGAGGAAGCCAAGAUAACAGAAAUACAAAAUAUGAAAAGUCUAGAAAACUAUCAAAAACUGGAGCUGGAAAAGAAAAGAGCAAGGGUUGUCAAGCAAGCAUACCAAGGCCCUAUCAUUCGUUAUCAUUCACUUACAAUGCCCCUCAUUGAAGAGCUACCUUUUGAACCAGAUGUAGAUGUAGAUUCAGAGGAGGUUAUGGAGACUAAAAAGCCGGAGCUGACCAUUGAUGAGAAAUGUGAAAGAACUUUUAUCACCUUUACUGAUGAGUCAACGUUUAAAGAGAUUUUCUCUACAGCGAAGGUGAAACCACCUGGAAAAUCUAUCUGCCCUGUCACUAAACUUCCUGCCAAAUAUUUUGAUCCAAUAACACAGACACCAUACGCAAACGCCCAAGCCUUUCGUCUAAUUAGAGACGCCUAUGUUAAACAGCUGGAGUCGGAGACCAAAACAAGACCCGCAAGUCCGUCUGGUGCCAAUGGUCAGAAGAAGAAAGACAAGUCUGAAGAUGCUCAUCAGUUGGUUUCAGUGAAUGGUUGAAUGUUUUUAGCAGGGUGAAAGUUGGUGGAUGCAAGCUGAACAAAGUUUUGUGAAUUGUUGAAUGUGAUUAGCAAGGUGAAAGUUGAAUGCAUGUUGAUCAUCAAUUUUUGUGAAUUGUUGAUUGUUUUUAGCAGGGUGAAAGUUGGUUGAUGCAAGCCGAUCAAAGUUUUGUGAAUCGUUGAAUGUUUUUAGCAUAGUGAAAGUUGAAUGUGGCAUUGCUUGAAGAUAAACUACUGAAUUGUCUGAAUGCUUACUGCAUGAUUGCAAUUUUUGAGCACACUUCAAUUCAUUUCAAUUCAUUUUUCAAUGAAAAAUAAUUAUUCAUCAAGAGUUUCUUCAGUGCUUUUUAUAACAGUUGUGCUAUGUAUAGAGAAAUUAACCUCUAGUCAGUUUAAAUGGUUUGUCCUGUAGAUAAAUAGUUCAGUCAUACAAAGAUAGUA